CACACACAAUCGGCAUGCGUGAGAGAGAGUAAAAGAGAAACAGAGAGAGGGGAGAGAGCAAGUGGAUGAGAGAGAGGGAGAGAUCUAAAGGCAAUUGUUGCUUAAGAAAUUUCAUUUCUGUCCUAGAGGAGCCAGCUGGGAUUGGAUAUUGCAGGUUAAGCAGCACCAGGCAGAAGAUACAUCCAGGCCACUCAAGGAGAUGGUUGAGUUUAGAGACACCGCUCACUACAUGUUUCGGUUCACUUAUGUGGCAUCAAAAACACAGUGGAGAUCUCUUCGUUGUCUUCUGUAGGAGACGGUCAAGCUUUCUUUUGUUUUAUCUUUGGAAGCUGUGGACAAUAUGAGGAACUCGGUCGCGCUGGGCCAGCCUGGGAUUCUACUUCUUCUGGUCACAUGUCCUUUGCUGACUAUCCUGCAGGGUGUCACCUGUAAGGCAGAGAGUGGACACUUAGGGGACAAUGAUCCUGACAGGUGUAUGAGACAUCAUUUUGUUGAGACCAUCACACAUCCUAUCUACAAAUGCAAUUCAAAGAUGGUUCUCCUGGCUCGAUGUGAGGGUCACUGCAGCCACACGUCCCGCUCAGACCCGCUGAUCUCUUUCAGCUCUGUCCUGAAGCAGCCUUUCAAAAGCACGUGUUUCUGCUGCCGUCCACACACCUCCAAACUGAAGGCGGUACGUCUGCGAUGCUCGGGCGGGACACGAAUAACCGCAACUUACCGUUACAUCCUUGCGUGCAGCUGCGAGGAGUGCAGCUGAGUAAAUGUGUCAAUGGAGAAAGACCCUCUGGCUGGAAAAAAAAAAAAAAAAGAAAAAAGAAAAGUUGAAGGUACAGUUUAUUGCUGAUGACUCAGAGCAACCAUUUUACGAUUCAUUAGCACUGCCAACAACCCAUCAAGACUUCAAGAAGAGUCGCAUGUAGCCUAAAGUGUCGUAAGCACUCGGAUUUCCAGAUGUAGGCCUGGCCGUCGCACCUGCGCAUGCGCUCAGCCAGUCAAUUUACUUUUAUUGCAUUCCAUUGUUUUGAUCACCGCGUGUGUAAAAUAGCGGAUGCCGACAACAACAUUGUAAAUCUUGAAGGAAAUUUGAUGAAGCUGAGGGGGAGUCACUUUGGCGGACUAUGCUGAGAGAUUUAAUACACAGACCAGGACAGAAGGCUGGAUGUUUGCACAAUGCAAGUGGUGAAUUAUAUAAGUUUGAUUUAUAUCUAGGAUAGAAUUUAAAUGAAUAGUAAUUAUUUACUCCUGUCGUUACAAACCUGAAUGACUUUAUUUCUUCUGCAGAACACAAAAUAAGAUUGUUUUACCUGUUUUAUUCAAUAAAAGUCAGUGGAGUCCAAAACAACACUGAAACCCAUUGGCCUAUAGACAAAACAAAAACUGAGAUAUCUUAUUUUGUGUUCGACAGAGGAAAUACAGGCUUGGAACAACAAAAGGGUUAGUAAAUGAUGACACAAAGCUCAUUUUGUGGUAAAUAUCCCUUUAAGGUCUCUGGAAUUGCCCACAUGUUCCAGGCAUGCACCUUUGCUUCAUUAUACCGGCUUAAUAUUUGAAUAAUGAAAAUUACUCUUGUACAAAUCAUAGUGCCAAUUAUAGACUUUGUAAACCUCCUUCAGUUUUUUUACUGUGGGGUUCACAGUGAUCUACCAUGCCAGACUGCAUGUGGAAAAUGUCAGUCAAUGUUCUGUUUAUUUCAUCAUCAAAGUCUCGCAAUUGCUCAUGACACAUAAUAGCAGCAAGUUGUCAAGCUAAUCACGUACAGUUAUAAUAACUAUGAUGUUUGCAUUGUGGAAUUGUACAGUAAAUGACAAAUGCCAAAUAUAAAAAAAAGAAAGAAAAUGUAUUGUUCCUCCAAUUUCUCUAAUCUGUGGAAAUAAAUUCACCCUCUGCAGACUGAUGAAACUGUAGCCUACCGCUGGGAAAUUAUGACAAUUUGCUUGCUGGACAGGUUUGUACUCCACUAGAAGUAUGACAGCUUUUGGGGCUCUGCACAUGAAUCUAAUAAACAGUGCCCUUUUGUUUUUAAAGUCUGACUGGCUGCCUUGUGCUAGCUGUCUUGUUACACAUACUUUGGCUCAUCCAUACAAUGUGACUUUCAGUGGGGCUAUAAUUAACUUAAUGGCUGAUUUGACAACAUGACAGACAGUCCACAUAAUAGCUGUCAGUUGAGUUCUUUGUAAUUUUUAUGGCUGGUGUAUGAGCCAUAUUCACUUUGUAUUUGUCAAUUUUGUGCUGUGCCACUAGGGGGCUGUAUGUGCUUUGUGGCACAGCUGAUCUCGGGUCAGCCCGUGUAAGUCUUUUAAUUUGGAGGUAACUCAGACACAGGUGUCGCUGAUUGAGAAGCAAACAGUUUUCGACUGUGCCCAUGGUCUUGCGCUUGGGGUAAAUGAUACGGUGUGUUGUAUGUUAUAUUAUGAGUUAAGAUAUUGCCGCUGUAUGAUAUGCAGGAAAAUAAAUUGCUAGAUAAUAAUAACAUUAAUGAACGCUCUCCGUCUUUAUUUUACGUGUAAGAUCACACGCACAUGUCUAAACUUAAAUCCACGAAAUCAGCAACCAGUACUAGACUUUGUUUAGGACUUAGUCAGUACAUUUAGGUCGAAAACUGCUUCGAUUUGGAUAAUCGUUCGUGAGGACGCGGCCGGGCCAGCCAUAAAGUGGAUUUUACUGUGUUCGUUUGGAAAUCACGGAUGUGAGGAGGGCAAAUGUUUGGAGUUGCCGAUUGCUGAAAGGAGCUGUACCGGAGCGAGCUGCUGGGUCAACGGAUUAUCAGCAUCUUUACAUCGGGACACCAUUCAUCAAGCCGGCCAACGCUCGAUUGG